AUCGACUGCGCCAACUACUCAGCUUAAGAUUACACAACGCCGACGCAACAGUGUCGGCCCUUGGUCUACCUACAAGAGAGACAACUAUUCUCACAAUUUCUCCCAAACAUUCAGACCUGUCACUUCAAAGUUCAACAACCUGACCCUCAACAAGAUACCCCACAAAUCCUUCGGAGCCCCCGACAUCAACGACCAACAAUGGAAGCAUUAGUAUCCCACUCCGCCUCCCAAUCUCCUUACUCCCCCGAAGUCAUCGGCGCUCUAGCCGGAGUCGGUGUGUUCAUCACCCUUCUUCUCAUCGCCUGGGUAUAUAUUUACAUCCACGGCGGCCUUUCUGAAAUUCUACGUGGGCAUCGCGAGCGCCGUAAAGCAAAGAGACAAGUCCAAGAUGUAGAGAUCGCGGAAUCGGCUACACACGCUGAGCGUGUUGCUGAACAGGCUGUGCAGAUGAAGCAGGCGGAGGUACAGUUGGAGGGCUUGUUUGCUGCGAACACACUGGUCGGUAGUUCGCCGCCUAGGCGUCCUGAACCAGUUGAUUUGGAAUCAGAGAGACAGGCGCAAGAAGGGCCGCAAAAGCCAUCCAAUGCUUCUGGGGCAAAGGAUUCGUUGAAUCUGGCGAUCGAUCCGAUGUCGUUUACUUGGGGAAGUGGGAAGACGAUGGCGGAUUUGUAUCGUAAGUAGAGAGACUGUGUCAUUUUGUGGCUGAUAACGCUCAUCUGUCGGGGUAGAGCACAUAAAGCUUCUCACACUUCGAUAGGGACCUCGUGGAGGUUUCUCGUUCUCCGAGUCACGUGACUAUUAUCCAACAGGCUUCAGGGGAGCUGGUC